AUGCAGCCCUCGAUUUUAACGAUAGGAUGGAAUGGAAUUGACUUAAACCGGGUUCAAGCAGAUGAAUCGAUCGAUAUAUCCUACGAUGCAUCGCCCAACACAUUAUACGAUGUAUCGGCAGCUUUAUCGGGCGAUUUCACGCGUGUCUCAUCUGCAGCCGAUAUACAACUAGAUUCAUCUUCCGAUAUAUUGCCCGAUAAAUCGGGUUAA